AAAAAAAAAAAAAAAAGAAAUUGUAUUCUGUUGUCUCUCGAAGAACAAUGUCUCAGCUUCUCUUCCGUCUCUCCAAACUCUCUUCCCGGAACGAUGUGCUUAUACACAAGAGCGUCCGUUUGUUUUCAACCAGCCCGUAUUUGACACUUGGCACUAGGGUUAAGGAAUUUUUGCCGGGCGGCUGCAAAAUUGGAGAUGUUCUGUUGUUUGACCCGACCAAGGAAGAGAUAGUCACGGUCCCGGACAAAACAGUUCCCAAAGAGCUCAUGGACGAAGAAAUGAUGGGAGCUUCCCAUGGAUGGGGAUUUUUCUGUGACCGCAGUGAUCGUUCCGUACGUAUCAGCGACAUUUUCAAUCCUUUAGCAUCCAAAUCAAACCCUCUCAUGGUUCCUCUGCCUAGGCUUACGGCUCUGCCCACUGGCCAAACCGAAGAAGUCUGUAACGUAGCAAUGUCCUCCUCUACUCCUCUUGGUGAGGAAGACUGUGUAGUGGCUAUCAAGUUUUCGGGUAUCCAGCUGAGUCUUUGCAGACCCGGUUGUGACCUUGAGUGGACUAACAUCUUAACCCCUUUCAACUGUUUGGACAACUCAAACCUCAUGUAUUCCAAAAGAGACCGAAAAUUCUACUUACCUGCUCCUGGAGGCAACUACUUGUUCUCCUAUAAUCUCCACUGUAAAACAGACGACCUCCCCGAGCUCCAUGAGUUGUUCUAUCGCUACCAUCCAAAGUUGGAUCAGUCCGAGUGGGAGCUUUUGAGUUCGUGUUCCAGGACGGAAUACCUUGUGGAGUCAUCCUCUAGUGGUGAACGUUUCCUAGUCAAAUGGUACGCGCAUGGCUUCUUCUCGCCGGUGUUAAAAGGAAUUUCCUUCAAAACAAAGAGGUUGAUGGUGUUUAGAGAGGAGGACACGGUGAUGGGAAGAAUCAUGUGUUACACAGAGGACAUUGGAGACAUGUGCAUUUUCCUUGCAAAGAACGAGGCUUUCUGCAUCCCGGCUAGCAACUGUCUUGGCCUCAAGCCUAACUCCAUCUAUUUUAUGGGACCUGGCUUAGGUAUUUACGAUCUCACUACUGGAGAAGCACAUCAUUAUAAAGCUCCCGAGUGUGCACCCACCGUUCUCACCACCACCCCUUACUGGCUUCCUCCAUUUUCUAUCUAGCCAAGUCAUACCAUUUCUCUCUUUUGUUCAACCCUUUAAGUUUCUCUCCACCAGUUUGGAUUGCUAAUAACAUCUAAAACAUUUUUUUGGUUGUUU